AUGUUAUCUAACGAUGAUCAAAAGGCGGUGGCUGCGCUCCUCCGCGGCCAAGGAUGCGCUAACCACCUCAAAUCGCUGAUCGAAAAAGGCUAUGUUCCAACGGAGUCUCUUGUCGACACAAUUCUCGAUUCUUUCUCACUUGCUCUAUCUUUUAUGAUUUCAUCUGUUCCUCCUCCUCCACCACCACAACAUGAGUCUUCUUCUUCUCAAGAUCAUGUGCCCAAGAAAUCACCAAAAUUAAAGAAAAAAAUCUGUGAAAGAGAAGGUUUGAAGCAAUACAGAGACGAUUGCUUAUAUCCGCUCGUCAACGACGGAUUCUCAUGGAGGAAAUAUGGUCAGAAAAGGAUUAAAACCUCUCCUUACCAAAGAAGCUACUAUCGAUGUGCGUAUGCGGGAGAGAAAAACUGUAACGCUUCAAAGCGAGUGCAGCAGAUUCAAGACAGCCCUUCGGUGCAUCGAACAACUUAUGUCGGAAAACAUAUCUGCGAAGAAGUUAGGACUUAUUCUCAUCAGCUUAACGACGAUGUUUCUAGUGGUUCCAAGAUGAUUCGGUUCGAUAAAAUUGACCAAGACAUGUCUGAAUUGGUUAUGCCUCAACUUGUAUCAAUUGAUCACCACCAAGAAACAAUCGAAGAUGAAGUCAAAGACCAAAUCAUGAAUCAAGAAUGCGAUAAUAAUGAGUUGGUGGUUGAUGAUGAUCAGUUUUGGACGUAUCCGUUUUCUCCUGGAAAUUGUAUGUUCUUGGACGAUAUUUCUGUUCUUGAUUACAUUCCUUCUUAG